ACGAUUCAGAGUACAUUCUAUAGCGUGAUCUUUGGGCGUUAGUCAAUCAAUUACACAGCAAAUGCGUACAGAUCCUAAGGUCUAUAGCUAAAUGUAAUGAAUCUAGGGCAGGAUUUGCAACUCUUACAGCGUACUAUAAAAAGACCUGAAUUUUAGAAUCGACAUUCACAUUCAAUUCAAAUCACAUUCGAGAAUGAAGUGCCUUUACGUGUUUCUGAUUGUUGUGUGCGUUCCAGCCAUCUACUCUGCACCAACGUCUAAUUCGCCCAGGAACUCCCAGAAACGGGCCGCCGCUGCCCAGGCAAUGGAUACUGUGUCGCUCUUUGAAGUGCACGAUCUAACCGGAGUAGACCAUGAUGAUAUUCCCGAUGAUAUCGAGCCUUUCGAAGUUGUCAACAUCGAUGGACAUACGUUAGAUACUCUACCCAAGAACAUCAUUCCAGUUGAAGUUAUUCCUGCUCAGAACUCGGCCGACGUUUUUGAAGUACACAACCUGGACGGAAUGUCCCACGACGAUAUUCCCGAUGAUCUUUCUGUCUUCGAAGUGGUCGAUAUUUCCAAACACACCGCCGACACCUUACCACGUGAUGUUAUCCCUGUGCACAUUACUCCGAUUGGCACAGUUGCUGGGGCAAGUGCCAUCAGCAGAGACGGAUCGGCUGUUUUUGCUGACGCAUCGGCUGGGCUUAACACUCCGGGCGGAGUAGCUCGUACUGGCAUGUCUCGCGUUAAAGUUGUUCCAGCCUCUCACGUCAGUCAUAUCGUGUACCCGGUUGAUAACACGAAGUAUAUCUCCGCAACAGUUAGGGGGCCUUAUGUUCCUAAAGUGAAAUGUCGCCAAGCGGACCUUUUCCCAUACAGAGGACCUAGCGAAGGCUUAUUUAAAUAUUUCUCGGAUAUAGUCCGUGAAGAACUAUCAGAUUGUAUGAUAGGCGGAGUGGUAGUACGUCGCCGCUGAACUAAUAAGCCAUUAAUUUUAUUCGCUAUAUAAUCAAAUCUUUUUGCUGACAGUGACCAUCUCUAAAUUAUCGUGGAAUUUCUAACUAAUUUCUUGUGACUUUGGUAUACUUUAAUCUAUAUAAAACAAAGGAGAAACUGAAGAACACAAAUAUACAAAAUAGAAAAAGA